CGGGUUCGUCAAACUUUCAACCCGGUAGUGUGUUACUCACCUGUGCACGACUGCGGUUUAAAUACUGCCGUUAUUUUGCACGGCACGGCGGAUUAUACCCUUGGCCACAAUGCACAGCGAGUUCCUGGUCAAGGUGCACGUCAAGUCCCAGGGGGCGCCAAGCAGCACAACAAACACCGCCGAGUACAACUAAGGCCGUACAUCACUGAGCAUCCCAGUUGGAGCCAAGACGAACACAUUUGUGAUGCAACAUGCCGGCUAGCACUAAGGUCUACUGGAAGAGAUGCGAGAGCAAGAAGAAGAAGCAAAGAAGUUUCACGGAACUCAGUCUCCUGAGGGCCACGAGGGCAAGGACAGCUCCAAGGUCACCAAACAAGAGCCCACCAGGAAGUCCGAGAGGUUGUCAGCGCCUGCGCCACCAAAGCUAGAGGCCAAAGCCAAGAAGGUCAUCGUCAAGAAGGUGGCCGACGAAAAGGGUGCAAAGGCACGGAAAGGCACCACCAAAGGGAAGAAGGAAGAUGGCCCUGCCCAGAACGGAGACGCGAAGAAUAACGAGAUCUUUGUGUGUCGUCCAUCUGUCAGUGUGUCUUCCAUCAGAAACUCGGCUCUCUCCGCCAUGUCAGUGCGAGGGCAGAGCGAGACGGUCAGAGUGAAGGGUGACUGAGGCUGCUGAGGACGCCACCGAGGAGAAGGCGUAAAAACGACAGACGCCACCGCCCCUCCCUUUUCCCUAUCUACAACUUUUUGUAAGAUGCUGAAUUUUUGUAGACUUGUAAUAGAUGCUAGAGAUGACCAACCAGCAUUCCCUAAAAUUCAGCACUGACACUAGCUUCAAAACUCUUUUUUUUAUUAUUAUUAUUUCUUUUUUUUAUGAUUAGACGACUGCUCAUGUUCUUCCUCCCGAUUUCCACAGUCGUCAUAUUUCAGUAGUAGUUGUCCUAUUUUUAGAGAACACGGCGGUCGCCAUGGAGAACACCUGCAGCAUUUUUACAUCUCUUCUUUUUCAGAAUGGCCCAUGGCUCCUUUUUUGUAUGUGUGUGCUGGACUGGACAUGAUGGGUGGGUCUCGUCUUGACUUCCCAACCUUUUUUUGCUCUCCUAUACCCGACCCCCCAUACCCAUCCUAAUUCUGGUAAGAUUGCAGCAAUGUGACAUAGCAAUAAGCAGCGGUGCUUGUGUUCUAGAGGCGCCUCAAUUGGCUUUUCCUGUUGGGAGAGUAUUUUCAAAUAAAAGGUUGGACACUUUG